GACGAUUGGGCGGGUUGUGUGCGCGGCCAGCAGCCCAGCAGCGGGGAGCGCACCCUUGCCCGCUGCCUGUGGCGCGUCGGCUUCAGCUUCACGCACCCUGCGACCGGCUUGGCGGAGGGCCUUACGCGCGACGUGUUCAGCGACCGCCACAUGCUGUUCGGCAAUCCGCUGCUGCGGCAGGACGUUUUUGGCGCGGAUGCGGAUGCGCUCCUCGCCCGGUGGUAUACGGCAGAGCAGGACGGUAAGAUGUCCGCGACGCUGACGGCAGGACUGGGAUCCGACGGCGGCGGUAACAGUACGGUAGCGACACCGGCGUCGACACGGUUGCGUCCGGGCGGCGCGUCGGAAUGCGACUCGGAGUGCAGGCGAUGGCUGGCGGGACGGGGAGUCAGCGCACACCUGGACGUGCCGUACGUUGAUGGCGUCGACGUGGCUGCGGCGGCAGCGGUGCUGCAGAAAGCGGCGCAAGGCAUUGGCGCCGGGGCGCAGGGGAGCGGCUAA